UUUUGCCCACGCGGCGACCAACCAUAGAUUAAAAUUUAAAGUGGGAGAAAAAGGACAAAAAAAUCAAAAAACGAAAAAAAAAAAAAAAUCUUGCAAAGUUCAUUGGAUUCGCUUCUCCCCUGACCGUAGAAACUCCGAUCACCGGAUAUAUGGCCCGGUGGACGGAGCUUUGAACCAAUAAAACCAUCGUGUAUCCUUUAAAACCACAGUAAACCCUACCUGCUUGGGGGUUUGGAUGGAUUCCCUGGAGGUUUCCUCCGCCGACACUGAGAAGAAGGGAUUCCCCUUUUUAUUACUGCGAUGUUCUCUGGUCAUUCUCUUUCCUCUCAUUAGUUUCUUCGCCCUCUCGUUCCUGUUCUUAUUUACGACGAUUUUCGUGGCGAAUUCAUCGGUUAGCAGCCCAAUUUCCGUGCCCUCCCAGUGCAAGAUAGUCUCCAGCAGUGUGGAUCUUAGGUCCUCUAAGGUCUGUGAACUUGGACUGUUCAAUUAUAAAGCCAAGCAUGUGUUUUACCCCCUCGAAAGGAAGUUUCGAUGCCGUUAUGAUUACUAUUGGGCUUCAGUAUUCAAGGUGGAAUACAAAGAUCAUUCUUUAGGUCAGACACGAUUGGCAUCGGCAGAAGCUCCAAAUGAAGCCCUUCCUCUUAAUUGUAGGCCUAAUUUUGGUGCUGCAUGGUUGACCAAAGAUAAAUUCAAGGUGAAUAAAACUUAUGACUGCUGGUACACAUCUGGGAUAUCCCAAGUGAGCUUAUAUCAGUAUGGUUUUUUUAAUUGCCAAGCAAAAGAGCCAUCUACAAUUGAGAUGGUUAGGCGAUAUUCCAUCCUAUACACAAAGAUAUUACAGUCAUGGAUUUCCAGCAUGGGAAGAGAGAAGUAUUUGAGGUUGGAAAUGGUAGCUGGAGUUGUUACUGGUUUUUUGUCUUCCUUGAUCUCCAUAAGCUUUCUUAGGCUUAUACAUCAAAUGAAAUUAUGGUUGCCUCUCAUCCGUGCACCAAGGGCUCUCCUUCAGGUUGCCAAUACAGCGCGCUUGAAGCGUGCUUCUUUUCUUGUUGUAUACUUCUGUUUUGUUGGUUGGCUUGCCAUCCAGUAUGGGGAAAAGCUCGGGCUUCCAGAAAUUUUCACAGUUCUGAAGUCUUAGGCGGUACUUUUUGUUCCCCCUCUACAAUACUGGACUUGCAGCAACUAAUAUAUCAUCCCUUGUGCAAUGUUGUACAAUUGAGUGUUAUACAAUUUAUUUGACUCUUGAUAUGUAGCACAGCAACAACUUAAUGUAUAGGUUUCUUAUAAAAUAAGAAAGCCAUCAUCGGAAAGUUUAGUAUUGUAUCGAA